GAUCAGGCCUGACAAGAGGUGUGGCCGGCCGGGGCGUGGCUUCGAGUUCGGCACUUGCAGGGUGGCAUCCAGCUGGGCGCACGCGCAUUUCGCGGGGAGGUGCGACUUGGAACUAUGGCGACUGCAGCGGUCCACCCUGCGGCCCUGCGACUGCGGCUGCUCCUCUCGCCUCUGAAGUCCAGGAUCCGGGUGCCCCAGGCUGCAGCCGCCUUCGGCACUUCAGUGACUUCUGCCAAGGUGGCUGUGAAUGGCGUGCACCUGCAUUACCAGCGAACAGGAGAAGGGGAGCAUGCAGUUCUCCUGCUUCCUGGGAUGUUGGGAAGUGGAAGCACGGACUUUGCACCACAGCUUCAGAGCCUGAAUAAGAAGCGCUUCACAGUGGUGGCCUGGGACCCUCGAGGAUAUGGACAGUCCAGGCCCCCAGAUCGAGACUUCCCACGGGACUUUUUUGAAAGGGAUGCAAAGGAUGCUAUUGACUUGAUGAAGGUGCUGCAGUUCAAGCAGGUCUCCCUCCUGGGCUGGAGUGAUGGGGGCAUAACUGCACUCGUUGCUGCUGCGAAGUACCCAUCUUACGUCCGCAAGAUGGUGAUCUGGGGAGCGAAUGCCUAUGUCACUGAGGAAGACGUCAGGAUUUACCAGGGUAUCCGAGAUGUUUCUAAAUGGAGUGAGAAGACAAGGAAACCUCUGGAAGCCCUAUAUGGAUAUGACUACUUUGCCAAAACCUGUGAAAAGUGGGUGGAUGGCAUAAACCAGUUUAAACAUCUGCCAGAUGGUAACAUCUGUCGGCACUUGCUGCCCCUGGUCCGGUGCCCAACCCUCAUCGUGCACGGGGAGAAGGACCCAUUGGUCCCCCGUUUUCACGCUGACUUCCUUCACGAGCAUGUGAAAGGGUCACGAUUAAAUGCAAGAAGCCUUUCCAGGACAGAGGGGUCCACCAAAGACACGAUGUGACAGCUGCAGAAGUAGCUCUGCACACAUGGCUGCAGAUGAACCCCGUUACCCACCCCGAAUUCCUGAGGCAUUUUUCCAUCCGUCUGCUGGCUGUAGUCGGGCUUAACUUGCUCUGUAGUCUGAACACGACAGGGUGGCUUGGAACCUUGCAUGGAGGCUGCUGUUGGCUAAGAAUUCCUGUUAGGCUUGCCCACUAUGCAGAUACCAAAACAAAAACAAAAAAAACCUCAUCUGUGCAACUCAGUGAAUUCUGACCAUUUCUCAUUUUUGUCAUCUUUCCUUUUAAGGGUUAGGAUUGCAGUCAGUCACUAUCAUCCCUGUUAUUUUUGUAAUCAUUUCUCCAAUAAAAUCAUUUCCCCAAUUUAAAAACACAUUUGUUAACAAUGGAUUUUUAAAGUAAUUACCAGGUCACCUUCUCCACUGUUUUCGAGUCAAACCAUGUUUGUUACCUGAUGCAAUCCCAAACAUAUUGUCACUGUUCAGUGAUGGCUGUAUGGUCUAAUUCUGGGGUGGUCAGAAUUUCCUUAAGGAGUUCACCCUGGCAUUCACAUUCAUGGGAAGCUGAUAUAGUUCUGAAAGAUUCUCAUGAAGUGUUGACGAAAUGGAAGCAUUUUAAAUAUGUACCACUGAUCC